GCUGAUUGGGUCCCCAAAGUGAGCUGCUUACAACUUUUAAUAUUUGACUCCUGUGUACUGUCUUGGUUGGUUGUAAAGAGUCGUCUCACUGAACCUGCUCCAGACGCAAGAAAAUACUUGAUCUGUGUGCUUUUUCUAUUGCACACUCUUUUUUGGUGUGUUUGUGCAAGUAAAACUUUUUUGAGGAUGAUCUACUUUGGAUGUUUCCUGUUACUCUGUGGGCUGACACAAGUCAUGGCAAGUUAUCCGAUCUGGUGGUCACUAGCUGUAGGCCAUCAGUACACUUCCCUGGGAACCCAGCCCAUCCUGUGUGGCAGCAUCCCUGGUCUGGUGCCCAAGCAGCUACGCUUCUGCCGGAACUAUGUGGAGAUCAUGCCCAGUGUGGCAGAAGGGGUUAAAAUUGGGAUACAGGAGUGCCAGCACCAGUUUCGGGGCAGGAGGUGGAACUGCACGACGAUUAACGAUCUGGCUAUCUUUGGACCGGUGCUUGAUAAAGCCACCAGAGAGUCAUCCUUUGUCCACGCGAUUGCUUCAGCAGGAGUGGCCUUCGCAGUGACACGGUCAUGUGCAGAGGGAUCUGCUACCAUCUGCGGCUGUGACACCCGACACAAGGGCCCCCCAGGGGAGGGCUGGAAAUGGGGUGGCUGCAGUGAGGAUGCCGAGUUUGGGAGCAUGGUUUCCCGGGAGUUUGCCGAUGCAAGGGAGAACAGGCCUGACGCCCGCUCCGCCAUGAAUCGACACAACAAUGAGGCUGGACGCAUGUCAAUUAUCGACCAUAUGCACCUGAAGUGUAAGUGUCAUGGCUUGUCGGGUAGCUGUGAGGUGAAGACAUGCUGGUGGUCACAGCCAGACUUCCGAGUCAUUGGGGACUACCUAAAGGACAAGUAUGACAGCUCCUCAGAGAUGGUGGUGGAGAAGCAUCGGGAAUCCAGGGGCUGGGUGGAGACACUCAGGCCCAAGUUUGCCUUCUUCAAGCCCCCAAUGGAGCGGGAUCUGGUUUACUACGAGAGCUCCCCAAAUUUCUGCGAACCUAACCCAGAGACAGGGUCUUUCGGCACCAGGGACAGGAUCUGUAAUGUAACCUCCCAUGGAAUCGAUGGAUGUGACCUUCUGUGUUGCGGUCGUGGGCACAAUACGAGGACUGAGAAACGAAAAGAGAAGUGCCACUGCAUCUUCCACUGGUGCUGUUACGUGAGCUGUCAAGAGUGUUUACGUGUUUAUGACGUCCAUACCUGCAAAUAGGGUACACAAGAACAGUUUCUACCCCUACCCUUUCCUUCUCAAAAAUAACACAAAGAUGCAAGUCUGAGACUGGGGUGUUUACAGAUGCCUGUGUGAAAACUGGGUAAACUUUUGGUCAAAAAGAAGUUGUGAGAUCAUGGGAAGAAGCUCUAUUUCUUCAAUGCAAGCAAGUGCAUACAAAAAGGAUAUAUGUGUAUGAUGUCAAUCCAAGGAACCUUUAAGCAUAGAUGAUGGCUCUUCCUCAAAGGUUUUGGAAGUUUGAUUCAUGAAUUGGUAUUAAUCCUCAAAUGCUCUUAAUUAAAGCCCAGUUGAUAUCACACUUGCAAGGAAGAUGGACAUACGCCAUCAACACAAGGGGUAUUAUUUUCAUGACCAUGCUGACUGUUUUUCUUGCAGGAACCUAGUGAUUCCAACUUGACGAUUUUGACCGGACUGUUCAUGAGAGUACAGCAUUAUGCUGCCGGGAUCUCUUAAAUAAAAUAUAAGUCUAAGUCCCUUAGUGCUGUAGGACAUAAUGUAUCAUAGUGGAUACAGUUCUUGUUUUAUUCAAGAUGGCAACAAACACAUUGUUCCUGACACAGUACUCUUGAAAAGUCUGCAAUGGACCCAUGCUAUCUUUUGGCAUGUAGCUGUAGCAGUCUAUGUAAUCAUAGCCAAUCAUGGAGAGAGGCUUCUUGUAUUAGUCCUGUUCAAGUUCAUUCAUCUAGUAAUAGAGCUGAGCAAUGUAGUCAAAAGAUUGUUUUGAAAUUAUUCCAAAUGUUUUUAUAUUAAAAUGAGUUGACUUUUCUCGAGCAGAUUCAUAAAGCUAAUUUUACAAAGCUCUUUUGAUAUAAAGCAUAGCGUUAACCAACUGCACACAUGUGGGUGAGGUUGCACUUUUGCCUGAGAGAAUAUACUGUAUGAAAGGAUAAUGUUUGUUAAAUGUUUGGCUAAUCUAACGAAGUAGCUGUCUCCCUUUAUACCUUUCCACAGAUUAAAUCUUGUUUUAUUUACUUGUGAAACAGUGUUAGUAGUGAUGCACUUGUGCUUGAGCAUGUCAUAAUUACAAUGGUAAACCAAUGCAUAAGAACAUGUACUAUACGCUCACCUCAACCUUUUGCCAUUUUAAAUUGUUACACUAAUUCCGGCAUGGUAAACAGAAGGGAUAUACAGUACAACCUAAGUAUUGUAAUAGAAAUACGAUUCCCACUUACUAUAUCUGUGAAAUUCACAAGUGAGCCUGUAUUUAGCACUUUCCUGUUGUAAAUCUGAGAUGCUCAACCACAAACCCAGAUUGAAUCAUGCCUACAAUAUACGUCAAGAACUACUAAACUUUAACUUAAGUAUUGCAACACAAGUAUAUGCUAUAGUGUAUAAUGAUUAUGUAACAGCAAAGUUCCCCCAGAUGUUUUUGAAGGCUGUUACUUUGUAAAAGAGAAACAAAAUCUGAAUCAUCUCAAGUUUAUCAAAUUGUGAAAUGGGAUUAUUAUAGGCUGCUGCUGGACUGCAUCAAAUGUUACAGUUAAGGAAUUAAAGAGUUAUAAGCAGACCUACCCAUCCAAGUCUCCUUCAACUUAUGCUAUAGCACAGGAUAGGGGACACUGGGGAUUUGACUUAGUAGUGCAUUAUAACAGAGCUGGAAUAAUAAUUAUUUAAGAAAACAAUCACAAAAAAUGGUAAAAAGAAGAAAUCCCAUUUUAAUGUAAUGCCACCCACACCAUGGUAAUGUACUUUAAAAUGCUGUUUCUUGCCCCAUACAUUAAUUAGAUGCAAAGGUUCACAACCAUGCUUGCUAGAAAAACAGUGAGGCACCUUCGAGUGCCUCCAGAGGCAAUUGACCUAUCAGAAAUUUGACCCCCUCCCUCUUUGAAUGCUGCU